AAAGGUACCCAAUGAAAGUAUUACUUUUUCACCGUUCCUCCUUACAAUUUAAAGUUUUUAAAUUCAAACCGGUUUCCCGGUCUUCUUCAAUGUUACGGUCACACUGGCCUUAGCAGCCGGUUGGCAAGAGUGAAUUUCAAGUGGAACCAGUUCCAGUUCAGUGCUGAGAAGGUGCAAGAUGUUUGGACUUCUUCGACACCUGUUCAAAUUACAGUUUCUCUUUGUUGUGGCGGCCGUUUUGGCCGGACUUUACCACGCAGAGAUUAGGCAGUUUCUACGACGGCACACAGACGACUACCUGGACAAAGCUAGCCAGGAUGCAGGCAUUCCGGUGGCUUUUCAGGCUGGUGACGAAGUCGGUACGCUCUUCACGCCGGCUGAACUGGCCAAGUUCAAUGGCGAGGAGGACGGUCGUCCGCUUUACCUCGCUCUUUUGGGUUCCGUCUUCGAUGUGAGCCGUGGCAUUAAGCACUACGGAUCCGGAUGCAGCUAUAACUUCUUUGUGGGCCGCGACGCCUCCGUGUCGUUUAUUUCCGGGGAUUUCGAGUCCUACGAUCCGGAAACGUCAGACGAUGUGCUGACUUUAAAGCCAGAUGAUUUGAUUGGACUGGCCGGAUGGAGAGACUUCUACCAGAAGGACUAUAUCUAUAAAGGCCGUGUAAUUGGACGCUUUUACGAUUCCAAGGGUGAUUUAACCCCCUAUCAUCACAAGUUCCUGGAGCUGCUGCAGCAGGCGCGGGAUGCCAAGCGACAGGUUGAGGAAUUGCGUGCCCGUUAUCCUGGCUGCAAUAUUGAAUGGAGCCAAGAACGUGGCACCCGCGUCUGGUGCACCACCACCAGCGGAGAUGGCAAGGAGCGUUCCUGGAUAGGUUAUCCCCGUAAACUCUACAGUCGUGGCAACAAAAACUUCCAGUGCGCUUGUGUGCCCGAUUCCGAAUUGGAUGAGAUCGAUUCAGGCGGCAAAGCAGCCCACGGAGAUGUUAUGCUGAAACCCUAUGACAAUUGCGAGCCCAGGGCACAGGAGUGCUUCUAUAGGGUGUAGCCAGUUAGCCCUGGAUUUGUAAAUAAUGCAUUUGGACAAAUAAAAAAAACGAUACUCACAGUUGAGUUAACAUA